AUAUAUUACUGGGGUCCCCACAGUACCUGUAGCCCAGGGGCCUACAAAAUCUUAAGCCGGCCCUGGCUGCGGUGGCUGCAUUUUGCGAAAGUGGAGUGACCCCCUCCAGCGUUUAAUGUUCGAGACCGUGAGCGCAAUGACGACGAUGCGAUCAGUCGAAGAGAGGGGUCGCGAUGUACAACAAUUGCCUGGGUUCGACCGCGCGGGGACAACUCAAAUACUGCGGGCCCCACCUGACCGAUUAAUGCGUGAUACAUCCUGCGACUCAGAGACUCUUCCUCGUCACCAACAUCCCCACCGCCCUCCCCGCAUCUCUCGCAGGCGCAGGAAAGGGCCUCACCAGAGCCACACGCCGCACCUGGCCAGCCUGUGGCUCUCUCCGGCUCGGAGCCCGAGUCCCGACAUCCACGGCGUUAUCCGGGAUCAGGCGGCGGCGGCGGCGUCGUUCGGCGCGCCUCCAGAUGUCAGCUCGUUCCGUCGCCGCUCCGAGUCGCUGGGUCCCAGCGUUGGAGGAGGCGGCGGUGGCGGCGGUGGUGGCGGUGGAGGCGGUGGUGGCUCCAGCAGCAGCAGCAACAGCAGCAGCAACAGCAGCAGCAGCAUCUCGGGCCGCUAUGACAACAUCAAGUGCGGGCAGCCGAGGGGAGGCGGCGGAGGCGGCGGAGGCGAGGGCAACACGAGCGAGAGCGGCUGCGGGACCCUGGCGAGCGUCGCCGGCUCGGAGGGGCGCCGCGCCACCGACUCGUGGCCGCGCCGCGCCGCCUUCUACGGCACCGGCGACGGCGGCCGGGGACUCGAGGGCAGCGGUGAUUCCGGGUGGAUCGACAGCGAUGGCUGCUACUGAGAGUG